GCCAGUUAAACCAGAUUUACAACUCACAUGAUACACAUUCAUAUUUAAGUUGGAGGUAUUGUUGUAUGAUACUCAAUUAAAUUUCCAGGGUAUCUCAGACGGAUUUAAUUCUGUACCUCGUACAUCAUUGCGGUGUCAAUUUAUCAGACCAUGUGAUCUGCUGUAGUAAUUUCUAAUGAAACAAUAUAAUAAGUCAUCUCUCCAAUUCCAGAAAUGCAAUCCGAGUUUAGAAAAUGUCAUGAGAUGAUUGAUCUUGUGCAUAUUUUGGGAAUGUUUCAGUGGAAUUAUUUUAAUGUCAUUGCUUUCUUUUCUGUGAGACAGGCCAGACGAGUCAGAGAGGAGAUUUUUUUGUCGACAUGGCUGAACGCUGCGACUGCACAGAGUGCAAGGAAUCCUUAUACGGCCAGAAAUACAUCCUGAAGGAGGAGGACCCGUACUGCACCAAGUGCUACGAGGCACUUUUCUCCCACAACUGUGACGGCUGCCAGACGCUCAUUGGCUGCACAAGCAAGGAGCUGUCGUACAAGGAGCGCCACUGGCACAGCGAAUGCUUCCUCUGCGUCACGUGCAGCCGAUCUCUGGUGGACCGGCCCUUUGCCUCCAAGGAUGACAUGCUGAUGUGCACCGACUGCUACAGCAACAAGUACUCUGCCAAGUGCAACAUGUGCUUGAACACCAUCAUGCCAGGAUCUAAGAAGAUGGAGCACAAGGGCAACAGUUGGCACGAGACCUGCUUCUCCUGCAACCGCUGCCAGCAGCCCAUCGGCACCAGGAGCUUCGUGCAGAAGGACGCCAGCAACUACUGCCUGCCCUGCUACGAGAAGCUGUUCGCUCUGCAGUGCGUCCACUGCAAGAAGCCCAUCACCACUGGAGGAGUGAACUACCACGACCAGCCGUGGCAUAAGGAGUGCUUCGUCUGCAUCGGCUGCAAACACCAGCUGGCCGGCCAGCGCUUCACCUCCCGGGACGACUUCACCUACUGCCUGGACUGCUUCUGCAACCUGUUUGCCAAGAAAUGUGCCUACUGCACCGACCCCAUUAGCGGCCUCGGCGGGAGCAAGUACAUCUCGUUCGAGCUGCGCCAGUGGCACACCAAGUGCUUCAACUGCAAGAAGUGCAGCGUGUCCCUGGUGGGCCGGGGUUUCCUGACGAGCAAAGACGACGUCCUGUGCCCCGACUGCGGCAAGGACCUCUGAGUGAACUCGGGAGCUGGAGGAGCCAAUCAGAGAGCAUCAGUGCUAUUCUCCUAACCUGCUCUUUGUUGCCUUAUCUUGCAUCAUUUAGUGGUUUCUCACACAUUAACCAGUUCCUGCUGCUGAGUGUGUUUUCUGCAUGCGCUGAUGAUCCUGUGUUUUAUAUUAAUCAGUUGAAGCCUUUAUUCCAAAAUGCAGUUUUUCCUGUUUGAUUAGUUUCUUCAAAUCUUUCAAUUGUAUAUCCUCGUUUGGAAUGAAAGUUUAUAAGUGGCAUAACAACAGCCAAUAUUGAUAGAUACUAAGAGCUUAAUAAAAGCUCCUAAAAAUGUUUAAUUGAUGGCACAGUGGUAUCAA